AUGGGAAACAUCAGUGCUACAGAUUCAGCAACUGGUGGAGGCGCUAGCAAUGGCCGCAAUUCGCCAGCUAUUCCACCCAAUGCCCCGUACCACCCAAAUGUUCCUAUUAAUAGGUCAACCGCAUCGUCAUCAACACUCAAUACAAACGUUUCAUCAUUUGCAGCACCACCAACAAAUAUCUCAACGGCCACAGGUAUGUCACGGCUACCUCAACAACAACAACAACAACAGCAGCAGCAGCAGCAACUCCAAAAACUGCCCUAUUUACAACACAGGUCAACCUUUCAGCCAUUUGACCAAUCACUUCAAUUAACACCAACAGGAAGGAGUCCCAUACAAGGGUCAAUGUCACCAUCUACUGCGGCCAUACCUUUUAACCCUUCUGUUGCAUUGCCGUCAUCUUUGCCAGCGUCAAAUGCUACUGCGAAUGUUCUAGGUAUGUCAAACUUACCCAACCCAAAGGCGUCAUACACCACCAGAAACAUGGCACCAAUGAAUCAGCCGGCUGUGGGCGUCUCGCCAGUUGUACGCGGCUCGUACUAUUUUAGUGAAAACCCUCUUUUUGCAUGUGACUGGACAACGAUAAAUAACAAUGCAUUGGAUUGUAUAGCUUUGGGGUCCUACAAAGAGGGAUUCGUCAACAAGUUGGAGAUUGUCUAUGGCAGAAGCUACGAAUAUGAGUUUGCGCCACCAGUGAUAGACGCCUAUGGCAACUCAAUUCAAGGGUAUCGAGACGACAUGAAUGACGGUGAUGAAGGGGGUUUCAUAUUUGAAAAAGUGGCCGACACCAAUUUAAACUAUCCAAUCACCCAAGUCAAAUGGGAUCCAUCGUUGUUGCAAGGAAGCAAUGGUGUUCAGCGCCUUGCUGCUUCAAGUGAUGUGUUGAGAUUGUACAAAGUCAACGAUCUGGUAGAUGGUAAUCAUAAUUUGGUACAAACUCAUGUAUUGGCAAACAAUUCCACAAGCACCGGCAGUAGCGCAGUAGCAGCUGAUGGCAAGGAUAAGAUCAACACUUCACCACCAGUUACUUCAUUUGACUGGAAUUCCACUGACACAAACAUACUCAUCACGUCUAGUGUUGAUACCACAUGUACCGUAUGGGAUCUCAAUCGAUCCCAUCCUCAUGACGACUUUAGUGAAUCCGCAACUGUUAAAACUCAAUUAAUUGCCCAUGAUUCGGAAGUGUUUGAUGUAAAAUUCAUUCACAAAUCAACAAAUGUAUUUGCAUCGGUGGGGAAUGAUGGAUCGAUGCGAGUGUUUGAUCUACGUUCCUUGGAACAUUCAACCAUCAUUUAUGAACCUCCGCCCUCUCCAUCUCCAACAACGAGGAGAAAUCAUACAUCAUUGGCUUCUUCUACUUCUUCUUCUUCUGGUGUACCCUCAGGACAGCUUCCCACACCAUCGCAUUCGGCAAACUACAACUCCAAAGCAUUGCUUCGUCUUUCCACUUCAAACGUUGAUCAGCAUCAUCUUGCUACAUUUGGCGUCAACUCUAGUCAGAUCAUCAUCAUCGAUAUGCGCAUGCCAGGUCUUCCCAUGGCAACUAUUGACGCAUCUACAUCAUCAGCUAUUUCCGCAUCAAUCAAUCUGAUUCAGUGGCAUCCGACAUCCAAUUACUUACUCAGUGGUGGCGAUGAUUGUCAAGCAUUGGUAUGGGACUUGAACAACUUGGGGCCCACCAUGGGGUCCAACUAUAGCUCAAGCACCAGCUUAUCCAAUGGUGGUGGCACUAAUGGAAAUACAAAUCAUAGUGCUCCCGAUUCAAUCGGUUCGGCUGCUAGUGGCGGUGGAGGUGGCAAUAAUAAUAAUAAUAAUAGUAAUGGUCAUAAUGGUAGCAAUAUCAUUGAUGUGCCCGUUUUGGCAUAUGAAGAAGAUUUGGAAGUUAAUAGUAUUUGUUGGAGACAAAACUCAGGCGACUACAUGGGAGUAAUUAGCGGUAAAGGAUUUCAAGCGGUACUGAUUUAG